GAAACACAAUGACAAUUACUUAUAGACUCUUUUUCUUUGUAAUUUACUGGCUGCUCGCGGUAUCCUUCGUCGGAGUUAAGCUUCUUCCAGCCCAGUUCUUUGAUCUAAUCACGUUCAACGGCUCAUAUCAAAGUAAAGUGCAGAUAGGUCAAGUUCAAUUCUCGGUUUCCGGUGAAAAAGUACUCCAAGCUGUUGUUCUCGACCAACAUGGCGAUGAUCUGCACGGGAACAAAUCUAGUUACCCUAUAGUAGCUAAUACGAAAAAAAUCCUAAGCAGAGAACAACAGCUCGAAAGAGAGCUCGCGGGAGCAAGAGCCUCGAUUCGCAGGGCAUUAGCUGAUAGAAGUAAUCUCUCUUCGGUGUCCACGGACAACGGCGGUGACGAUUACAUUUUCUCCGGAGACAUUUAUCGCAACCCGCGCUUAUUUCAUCAGAGCUAUUUGGAGAUGGAGAAAAGAUUCAAGGUGUACGUUUACCAAGAAGGGGAACCACCAUUUGUUCACUACGGUCCGUGUAAGGACAUAUACUCAAUCGAAGGCAGGUUCCUCCAUGAGAUGGAGGACGGAGUCGGGAUGUUCAGGACCAAUGAUCCCGAUGGGGCUCACGUGUACUUCCUGCCAUUUAGUGUGACCUGGAUGGUUAAGUACCUCUAUACUCCGCCCACGAAAGAUCUCAAUCCUUUAAGGCGGUUUGUAUCCGAUUAUGUGAGAGUGAUUUCUACGAGGUACCCCUACUGGAAUGGAUCUCAUGGUGCUGACCACUUCAUGCUUGCCUGUCAUGAUUGGGGUCCUCAUGCAUCAGAGGGCGACCCUUUCCUCUACAAUACCUCCAUCAGGGUCUUAUGCAACGCCAACACUACCGAAGGGUUCAACCCUAAAAAAGAUGUAAGCUUGCCAGAAAUCCACCUUUACGGAGGCAAAGUAUCUCCUAAACUCCUUUCACCCCCACCGGACAGUGCUGAGCGUCCCCAUCUAGCCUUUUUCGCCGGUGGACUUCACGGCCCAAUCCGUCCCAUCCUCCUCCGUCUCUGGAAGAACCGUGACAAGGAUCUUCGAGUCUACGAAUACCUUCCCAAAGGCCUGGAUUACUAUUCCUUCAUGCUCGGCUCCAAGUUUUGCCUUUGUCCAAGUGGAUAUGAAGUAGCUAGCCCAAGAAUCGUGGAGGCAAUUUAUGCCGAAUGCGUGCCGGUGAUCCUAUCGCAAUAUUAUGUGUUACCGUUUAGUGAUGUACUGAAGUGGGAAUCAUUUUCAGUGCAGAUGGAUGUUUCAGAUAUUCCAAGGUUGAAGGAGAUUCUCAGUGCAAUUCCAGAGAGCAAAUACCGGAAGCUCAAGGAGGGGGUAAGGGCUGUGAGAAGGCAUUUUACUUUGAAUCACCCGGCCCAAAGAUAUGACGUCUUUCACAUGAUCCUGCAUUCAAUAUGGCUAAGGAGAUUGAAUGUCGGACUCGCAUAGAUUAUUUUUCCACGUUUACCCAUUAAGUUUGGUAGAGUAAUUUAGCUCUCACUUUUUUCUGUCCUCGAUCCAUCGGUCUCAAAUAGCACCCACUAAUUUUUCAUGUAGAAGCGAAUACUAGUUUGGUACUUGUGAAGUUCACGACCAGUUCUCAUAGAACAGAAAUUUUUAGGAUUAAUAGUACGUAAAUAACAUGUACGGCUUGAACGUGCACAUUUAUUUUGAAGCAUUCUCCGAAUCUUCAAUUCCAAAUUAAUGCAAUAUA